AUGAUUCAAACACAUCCGACUGAGGUGUGCAGGAAACUACCAGAGCCUAAUACAGAUAUGGACCCAAAACCCUCAAGUUCCAAACAGGGGAAGAUGAAUGAGACUCCCUAUGAACUCAGUCUCCCUUUCCAUCAAUAUCCCAUCUUCAUCUCCCUAAUCCAAUGUCCUUUUGACCUCACUCUGUUGUCCUUCCAGGUGCUGAAGACAGCCACGACGGUAAGAAAACCCCUUCAAAGGAGUCUGAGUAAAAAAGCCUCUGAAAAAGCUGUCAACCCUACAAGACAGCCUAAGAAAGCUGCAGGACCAACACUCUUCAGCUGUUAUCACAGGCUGGAUGAGACACUGAAUCAAAAUCAAAAUAAUGCAGAGCAGAACCAAGAGGCCGUGCAGAAGCAAGUGCUGUGCAGCAACACCCCUCCAAGCGAAGCCCUGGUGAGCCAGUAA